AUGGAUGAGAAUGAAGUGGAGAAAGAGAAAAUGUCUAAAAAAUCUCAUAUCACUUGCCGUCAGUGUAGAAAGAGUUUCACACGCAAACAGAGUCUUGAGAUUCACAUGAGGAUCCAUACUGGAGAGAAACCGUUCACAUGUGAUCAGUGUGGAAAGAGUUUCACAUGCAAACAGAGCCUUGAGAUUCACAUGAGGAUCCACACUGGAGAGAAACCGUACACAUGUGAUCAGUGUGGGAAGUGUUUCAAGCGAAAAGACCACCUUAAGUAUCACAUGAACGUCCACACUGGAGAGAAACCGUUCACAUGUGAUCAGUGUGGGAAGAGUUUUACACAACAUGCUAACCUUUGGACACACAUGAACAUCCACACUGGAGAGAAACCAUUCACAUGUGAUCAGUGUGGGAAGAGUUUUACACAACAUGCUCACCUUAAGACACACAUGAACGUUCACACUGGAGAGAAACCGUUCACAUGUGAUCAGUGUGGAAAGAGAUUCACACAACAAAGAAACCUUAAAAUGCACAUGAUUAUUCACACUGGAAAGAAACUACAUGGAUGUGAUCAGUGUGGCAAAACCUUUGCUAGAGCUCUAUAUUUGAAACGGCACCAGAGGAUCCACACUGGAGAGAAACCUUACAUGUGUUCACACUGCCACAAGACAUUCACUGAUUCAGGAGACCUGAAAAAACACGAGAGGAUCCACACUGGAGAGAAACCUUACACGUGUUUACACUGUGAAAAGACAUUCACUGAUUCAGGAGACCUGAAAAAACACGAGAGGAUCCACACUGGAGAGAAACCUUACACGUGUUUACACUGUGAAAAGACAUUCAGGCGUUCAGGACAUCUGAAAGUACAUGAGAGGAUUCACACCGGAGAGAAACCUUAUCACUGCACUGCAUGUGGGAAGACUUUCAGUGGAUCAUCAACUCUACGCAAGCAUGCCAAAACUCACAUUAAGUAG